CCGAGAGCUGCACAAACUUGAAAAAAACUCUCGCGAGACUCGCUGCCCGAUGACCUAUCCUAAGAUGAACCAUUCGAGGCCAAUGCCUAACCUUAAACUGUUCGAGAUCAAUGCCUAACCUUAACGAUCUCGCGAGAUGAUUCCACAGCUUGCUGGCUCCCUUCAAGCCACCACCACCUCGAAGGGAUUCCAAAGAUUCAUCAAGCCAGCCAGUCAGAGCGCUCCUACGGAGAGCCCGCUGGGUCAAACCGCCGUUAAACCCUUUCGCGAUCAGCGCUCUGGACAGUCUGAGUCGACAUACUUCCAACGGAGAGAUAAUGGCGAGACUGGGGCCGCUAUUCAAGGAUAAGAAGAAAACCGCUGCAUUGGUCGCUCGGUGUUGAAGUUAUCCGACGGUCGGUAGAGACGGAGAGCUUGAUGAGCAGCGGGAGAGAAGCAGACAGAGAGAGAGAGAGAGAGAAAGAGAGAGAGAGAGAGAGAGAGAGAGAGAGAGAGAGAGAGAGAGAGGUUCAGGUGGAGGCUUUAGCAGACUACUGGGAUGUGAUGUGAUGCUACGUAGGCAGCUGGAAGAAAAGGGCUUUUCUACUAUGAGAGAGUGCGCGUGAGACACGGAGCCCGACCGAGCUGCUCUCUGCUCUUUUCUUUAUUUCUUUUAUUUAGUAUAUUUGGUUUGCUUCUGCUGUUUGUUGGACACAGCGGUGACCAGAGAAGCCACGGUGAGCUGGUGAAGUUGUGGGGAAUGGCAGGUCGAAGCCGGAGAGCCUGGUUUAGUGUUCUGUUGGGUCUGGUGGUCGGGUUCACUCUGGCGUCCAGACUCAUCCUGCCCAGGGCGUCCGAGCUCAAGAAAGCUGGACAUAAACGGAAGGCGAACCCUGCCGGCUGCGGGUUGAGCGGAGGUCACAGGACGGAAUACGGAGGAGUACUAUGGCCAUCGCAAGAUAACGGUUCACCGGCGACCGAGCAGCCUGCUGGCACCCGGUCCAAUCACUUCCUGUUCGUCGGUGUCAUGACGGCCCAGAAGUACCUGAACAGCAGAGCCGUGGCAGCAUACAGGACGUGGGCACAGACAGUUCCGGGUCGCGUGGAGUUCUUCUCCAGCGAGGGCUCCAACACCGACCUACCCAUUCCUAUAGUGGCUCUGAGGAAUGUGGAUGACUCGUACCCACCGCAGAAAAAGUCCUUCAUGAUGCUCAAGUACAUGCAUGACCAUUACCUGGACAAGUACGAGUGGUUUAUGAGGGCCGACGAUGACGUCUACAUCAAGAGUGAGAAGCUGGAGGGCUUCCUGCGCAGCCUCAACAGCAGCGAAGCCAUCUUCCUGGGUCAAACAGGCAUGGGAGCCCGGGACGAGCUGGGGAAGCUGGCCCUGGAGCCCGGGGAGAACUUCUGCAUGGGGGGGCCAGGGGUCAUCAUGAGCCGCGAGGUCCUCAAGAGAAUGGUGCCCCACAUCCGAGAGUGUCUACAGGAGAUGUACACCACCCAUGAAGACGUGGAGGUGGGCCGGUGUGUCAGGAGGUUUGCCGGGGUCCAGUGUGUCUGGUCCUAUGAGAUGCAGCAGCUCUUCUAUGAAAACUACGAACCAAAUAAGAAGGGCUACAUACGAGAUCUCCACAACAGCAAGAUCCAUCGAGCCAUCACUCUCCACCCCAACAAGAACCCUCCUUACCAGUAUCGCCUACACAGCUACAUGCUCAGCCGGAAGAUCGCAGACCUUCGCCACCGAACCAUCCAGCUCCACCGAGAGAUCGUACAGAUGGGGCGCUACGGAGCGAACGAGCCCAGCCGGGAGGACCUCCAGCUCGGCAUGCCGCCUUCGUUCAUGCGCUUCCACCCGCGGCAGAGAGAGGAGGUCCUGGAGUGGGAGUUCCUGACAGGGAAGUACCUGUUCUCAUCUUCCGAAGGGCAGCCGCCCCGCCGCGGGAUGGAUUCCUCCCAGAGGCAAGCCCUGGAUGACAUCAUCAUGCAAGUGAUGGAGAUGAUCAACGCCAACGCCAAGACACGGGGUCGGGUCAUAGACUUCAAAGAAAUCCAGUAUGGCUACCGGAGAGUCAAUCCCUUAUACGGGGCAGAGUAUGUGCUGGAUCUGCUGCUGCUGUACAAGAAGCACAAAGGAAAGACCAUGACAGUCCCUGUGAGGAGGCAUGCCUACCUGCAGCAGACCUUCAGCCAGAUCCAGUUCAGAGAGGAGGGGGAGAUGGAUGCCAGAGCUCUGGCCAGUCACAUCAACAAGGAUUCAGACUCCCUCUCAUUUCUGUCCAACUCCCUCAAGAUGCUGGUGCCCUUCAAGCUGGCCACCUCUGGCCAGGACCAGAGGGAACCGAAAGAGAAGAAAGUCAACAUCUUGGUUCCCCUGUCGGGACGCUAUGACAUCUUUGUGCGCUUCAUGACCAACUAUGAACGGGUUUGUCUGAUCCCCAACCAGAACGUCAAGCUGCUGAUCCUGCUCUUCAGCACAGACAAUAACACGGAGCGGGUGAAGCAGGUGGAGCUGAUGAGGGAGUAUCACAUGAAGUAUCCCCGGGCCGAGAUGGAGAUAAAGCCCGUCACCGGCUCCUUCUCCAGGGCUCUGGCUUUGGAAGUGGGUUCCUUGCACUUCUCUAACAAUUCACUGCUCUUCUACUGUGACGUGGAUCUGCUCUUCACCAGCGACUUCCUCAAGCGAUGUCGGACCAACACAGCCUUGGGGGAGCAAACCUACUUCCCCAUCAUCUUCAGCCAGUACGACCCCAAGGUGGUGUACGCUGGGAAGGUCCCUAGCAACAACCACUACGUCUUCACCUCCAAGACAGGUCUGUGGAGGAACUACGGCUUCGGGAUCGUCUGCGUCUACAAGGGAGACUUGGUCCGAGCCGGAGGCUUCGACACCUCUAUACAGGGGUGGGGAUUGGAGGACGUGGACCUUUUUAAUAAAUUUGUCCAGUCAGGGAUUAAGUUGUUCAGAAGCGCAGACACGGGGAUAGUGCACGUUCACCACCCCGUCAUAUGUGACCCCAACCUGGAGGCAAAGCAAUAUAAGAUGUGCCUGGGCUCCAAAGCCUCGUCGCACGGCUCCACCCAGCAGCUGGCCGAGCUUUGGCUGGAGAAGAACGACCACGGCUUCAGGAGACCGGCCAGCAAUAACGGUUCAGUUAGGACAGCGUGAGAAAAGCCAGGCUGCAGACUUGUCAUAAACUGAAAAGUGAACCCCGGUCUGUGCUCACUUCUCACUGCGUGGUGUUUUCACUACCUAAUUUAUUUUUUACUGAAAUGAAAGACUUCACAUGGAUAUAUUUUGAAAAUAUGUCUUUUUUUUUUUUAAAGAAAAAAUAUACAGAAACGCCAUGUUGAACAAUUCAUAGAGACAGUCUGUGUUCUAGUACGGAAGGACAUGUUUUGAUUCAUGUUCAAUGGAAUAUUUUGUGAGCCUGAUUACUUCAGGGGCUUGACGCUCCUCUAAGCCUGUUCCAUGUUAUCUGUCAGGACGGUGGGAGGAGGGCAGGUAGGAGUUGUUAGCGUGUACCUCAGUGAAGUACACCGUCAUGGUCGUUAAAUAGUCCACGUGUCCUGUGUGCAGAACACCGACUGGUGUCCAUGUCCUCUCAGACCAGCAGUGCUCCAAACAGAACUCUUGAAUGUUUACAGAAGACUGAUUGUCAACAACAUUUCAUCAAACUGAACUCAGAUCACAGCCAUCUCAGUUACUGAGGGCCAUUUCAUUACAUCGCUUUAAUUUUUACAGUGGUUUUCAUUUCCAUCUGCUUUUAUGGUUUUGGUAAUAUGACCCAACACUGUUUUUUCUUUAUUAUUAAUUUUCUGUGAACCCAACUGCUGGAUUUUUAUAUCUGCAAUUCAUCUUUUGCUGUCUAAUUUAUUGAAUUUGCAGGCUCCAUUUUCUACUCUCUGACUGUUUGAAAUGUGUAUAUUGGAAAGACUGUAUGACCAUGUCAGUUAUGGGAUGGUGCUUUUUUCAUGUUUCCUUUUCUUAAACUCAUUAUCACCAAAGAGUUUUGCACAGUCUGCUUUAGGUAUCAUAUUGCCUGUGUGUGUGUGUGUGUGUGUGUGUGUGUGUGUGUGUGUGUGUGUGUGUGUGUGUGUGUGUGUGUGUGUGUGCGCGUGUGCGUGUGGGUGUGUGGGUGUAUGUAUGGGUGUGAGCGUGUGUGCGUGUGCGUUUUGGUGUUUUGCAGGCACAAACAUGAAACUGACUGUGUAAUGGAGAGUAAACACAAAAGCUCUAUCUAUCCCAGGCCUUUGUGAUGGGUGGAGUGGGAACCAGUCUGGCCUUUAAUUGAAAUAAAUGGGAGCAGCACUCUGGUCGACCAGCUCAAGUAACACAUCGCUGUCCCUUUUUUAUAAAGGACUUUCUUUUAUGUUGAAAUAAAAAGUGUUGUGGCUGGUCCCAGUCUACUGAGGUGUGGCUUCAGUGCUGAUUCCAUUGUGAUGUGAUGUGAAAGCCCACAUUGUCUGGUCCUGUGUUCCAGGUUUGAGGGGCAGAACAUUUCCUCAUGGGCCUCGCUGUCCUGCUCCUGCCUGUGUCGCGCAUAGGCAGGUACUGUACGUUGUAGCACUCCAUCGGGUUAACGUUCCUCUUACAACAUGAAUGGCUGAUUUUAAGACUGUUGUAACAGGAUGAAUGACUGUGUUGUCAUUAUAGUGUUUUUAUUUUCUUGGACUUUUGUUUUGUAAUUUUUGUUCUUUCAACUCUGUCCCACUGGGCGAGGUUUUCUAUUUAAAAAGAAAUAAAAUGGGGGAAAAGUAUCAAAA